GUGCCACUCUUGACCAGGACUGAAGCACUGGGCAGCAGAAGUUCUGCUAGCACCUCCACACAGGCACCUUGGACAAGUGGAGUCUGGUCACUGAGCUGGUGUCCUCGCAUUAACCCACGGACGGGAUUUUGAGUUCAAGACCCAAAGCGCAAGGCGCGUAACUUCUAAUAUAAAGCGUUAGAGGGAUAAGUGUUAAAGAUGACGACUAUGAUUGAGACGCAGGUGCAGUAUAACAACACCUACAUGAUGUCAUCUACGGAAGCCUACAUGACUCAAGAGGACGACUGGGACAGGGAUCUUCUGCUGGACCCUGCGUGGGAGAAACAGCAGAGGAAGACAUUCACGGCAUGGUGCAACUCUCAUUUGCGUAAAGCAGGAACCCAGAUCGAGAAUAUUGAAGAGGAUUUCAGAAAUGGCCUUAAACUUAUGCUGCUGCUUGAGGUCAUCUCAGGUGAGAGGCUGCCCAAGCCCGACAAAGGAAAGAUGCGUUUCCACAAGAUCGCCAAUGUCAACAAGGCUCUAGAUUUCAUCUGCAGUAAAGGAGUCAAACUGGUGUCCAUUGGUGCUGAAGAGAUUGUUGAUGGCAAUGUGAAAAUGACUCUUGGAAUGAUCUGGACCAUCAUUCUCCGUUUCGCUAUUCAGGACAUUUCUGUAGAAGAGACUUCUGCUAAAGAGGGUCUGUUGCUGUGGUGUCAGAGGAAGACCGCCCCCUACAGGAACGUUAACGUACAGAACUUCCACAUCAGCUGGAAAGAUGGCCUUGCUCUGUGUGCCCUCAUCCACAGACACAGACCAGACCUUAUCGACUACUCUAAACUCAGAAAGGACGACCCUAUUGGAAACCUGAACACUGCCUUUGAGGUGGCAGAAAAGUACCUGGACAUCCCUAAAAUGCUUGACGCUGAAGACAUUGUUAACACCCCCAAGCCUGAUGAGAAGGCCAUCAUGACUUAUGUGUCCUGCUUUUAUCAUGCUUUCGCUGGCGCUGAACAGGCUGAAACUGCUGCUAACAGAAUCUGUAAGGUUCUGGCCGUGAACCAGGAGAAUGAAAGACUAAUGGAGGAGUAUGAGAAGUUGGCCAGUGAGUUGUUGGAAUGGAUCCGUCGGACCAUCCCAUGGCUGGAAAACCGCGUGGCGGAGCAGACCAUGCGUGCCAUGCAGCAGAAGCUGGAGGAUUUCCGGGACUACAGACGCGUUCACAAGCCCCCUCGUGUUCAGGAGAAAUGCCAGCUGGAGAUUAACUUCAACACCCUGCAGACCAAACUUCGUCUGAGCAACCGUCCCGCCUUCAUGCCCUCUGAGGGAAAGAUGGUAUCGGACAUUGCUAAUGCAUGGAAAGGUCUAGAGCAAGUAGAGAAGGGUUACGAGGAAUGGCUGCUCACUGAAAUCCGUCGUCUGGAGAGACUUGACCAUCUGGCUGAGAAGUUCAAGCAGAAAUGUAACAUGCAUGAGUCCUGGACCUCAGGAAAGGAGCACCUGCUGUCUCAGAAGGACUAUGAGACGGCCUCACUAAUGGAGAUCAGGGCUCUGAUGAGAAAGCAUGAAGCUUUCGAGAGCGACCUGGCCGCCCACCAGGACAGAGUUGAGCAGAUUGCAGCUAUCGCUCAAGAGCUUAAUGAAUUAGACUACCAUGAUGCCGCUACAGUGAACUCCCGCUGCCAAGGGAUCUGUGACCAGUGGGACAACUUGGGAACUCUUACCCAGAAGAGAAGAGAUGCUCUAGAGCGUGUAGAGAAGCUUUGGGAGACUAUUGAUCAGCUGUACCUCGAGUUUGCCAAGAGGGCGGCGCCCUUUAACAACUGGAUGGAUGGAGCUAUGGAGGAUCUGCAGGACAUGUUUAUUGUACACAGUAUUGAGGAAAUUCAGAGUUUGAUCACGGCUCACGAUCAGUUCAAGGCCACCCUACCAGAAGCUGACAAGGAGCGUAUGGCCAUCAUGGGCAUCCAGAAUGAGAUCACAAAGAUUGCUCAGACCUACGGCAUCAAGCUGGUCGGAGUCAAUCCAUACACAGUCCUCAGCCCACAGGACAUCACAAACAAAUGGGAAGCAGUGAAGCAGCUGGUUCCCCUGAGAGACCAGAUGCUGCAGGAGGAGGUUGCCAGGCAACAGGCCAAUGAGAGGCUGAGGCGAUCAUUUGCUGCUCAGGCCAACAUCAUCGGACCCUGGAUUCAAACUAAGAUGGAGGAGAUCGGCCAUGUGUCUGUAGACAUUACCGGCUCUCUGGAGGAACAGAUGAAUAACCUCAAGCAAUAUGAGCAGAACAUUAUUAACUACAAGUCUAAUAUUGACAAACUGGAGGGAGACCACCAGCUUAUCCAGGAGGCGCUGAUCUUUGACAACAAACACACUAACUACACUAUGGAGCACAUCCGCGUGGGCUGGGAGCAACUGCUCACCACCAUCGCACGUACCAUCAAUGAGAUAGAGAACCAAAUCCUGACCCGUGACGCCAAAGGCAUCAGCCAGGAGCAGCUCAACGAGUUCAGAGCCUCUUUCAACCACUUUGACAGGAAGAGAAACGGAAUGAUGGACCCAGACGAUUUCCGCGCAUGUCUUAUCUCUAUGGGUUACGAUCUGGGUGAGGUGGAGUUUGCCCGCAUCAUGACCCUGGUGGACCCCAACAACACCGGCGUGGUCACCUUCCAGGCCUUCAUUGACUUCAUGACACGCGAGACAGCUGAAACGGACACUGCUGAACAGGUCAUGGCUUCCUUCAAGAUCCUGGCCUCUGACAAGUCAUACAUCACCGUGGAUGAGCUUCGUCGUGAACUCCCACCCGAGCAGGCCGAGUAUUGCAUCACCCGCAUGACCAAGUACGUUGGCGCCGAUGGGGUCCCCGGAGCCUUGGAUUACAUCUCCUUCUCCAGCGCCCUCUACGGAGAGAGCGAUUUAUAAAUGCAUUCAAUGGUUACAUUUUACUCUUUAUUCUCUCCUCUUUCUUUUUUCCCCACCUCGUUUUCUUUUUGCCCCAAAAUUUUGCUUUUAAUCAGAGAGAGUCAGUUAAAAAUAUUCUAAUAUUUUUCUCUAAGUUUUCCCUUGAAUAUCUCAUAAAUCCCUGUCUAUAUUUCUAUGCAUUUACAUUUCUAUACCAACAAAAGCUUGUGUCCUCUUUUACAAGUUAAAACAUGUCUUACGCCUGUUCUGUGAAUAAAGGGAAGUGUAACAAAAGCAUAUCACUCAAAGCGUGACACCCACUUUUAUAAACAGACUUGGUGUUUUCCCAUUCAUUUUCUUCAUAUGAAUAAAAAAAUUCUUUAGGAAUCUUUAAAAAUAGCCAAAGAAUAAAAGGUGUGUGAAAACGUACAACAUGAAGGAAUGAACUACAAUCCAACGUAAAACAUUUUACUUAUUUAGUUUUAAAUAAAGGGUUUACAUCAUUAAAAAUGAAGAAAAUGAAUGGGAACCUGAUUAUAUCAUUAUAUUGUCUCAAUAUGAAUGUUAGAUACGGUAGCUGUGUUUGCAAAAGCCAUACAUGCAUUCUACGCAAGUUAACAUGCCAAAAGCACAACAUCCCCUUUUCACCCCCUUCCCUCGUGCCUUAAAAACUUUGUCAAACGUCAUUAAAUAUAUACUAAAAAGUGAAUUUGUUGAUGCUGAGGAACGUUUGUGAAGAUGCAUGCUGUGUGUAUAAUACAGACAUUUAUACGUCUGUACUGUAUUUUAAGACCCCAAAAAGCACUACUGCUGUCCAGUGUCUUCUUAAUAUGAAACUGUGAGAAUAACUGAUAAAGUCUCUACACAGAAUGUUCUGUCACCCUGUCCGAUGUUUGUGACGUAAUCUGUAUCAUCAUACCUAACCCCUUAAUAUUGUUUGUUUGUUUAUUUAUGUACGUCUUCCCUUAAUGUGGUGUUCAAACUCAUUAUUUCUCUUCUGUUUGGAGAAUUGUGCCAAAAUGAUCAACCGAAGCCAGUAGGAACCUUUAUAAUAUUGUGGCAAAGGGAACGUUUUUAAUUCUGACAGGAAAGGUUUGUGCUAGCCCAAUAGAUGAAUGAGAACAUGAGAACAAGCUUUGCCUUCAAAUCCCUGUCGACUGGAAUGAUAUUUCUGAAGUGCAUUAGUGAAAGCCGGGGACAUACAAGAUGAAUUCAUUACAUAAAAGCCUGGAUGUCCCUGUAGUGAACCAACCCUCUCUCUCUCGGACACUAGAUCGUCCUGUUUUUAAGACUCUUAUUAUCUGCACGAACCUGUACUUUAAAAGGAUUAGUUCAUCCAAAAAUCCGUCAUCAUUCGCUCGACCUCAUGUCUUUCCAAACCUGCGUGAAUUUCUUUCACGUUUAGCAGAAACGUAUCAUGACUGAAAGUAAACGAAAUGAAGUCAUAUGGGGACUGGAGAAAAUGAUGACUGAAUAAAGUCGAACUAGUUCUUAAGAGAAAAAGAGAAUUGUGAAAAGAUAAAGGUGGCUUCUCAGGGCCUUUUAGGGGAAGUUUUGGAAUGUUCUGUAAGUUUUGAAAGGUGGUGGAAGGUUCUCAAGCAUUAACAACAAAAGGCUUAUCAGUGAUAAAUACUGUCACUUAAAAACAUUGUUUGAUGAUUAUUACCCACCAUGCUGUAAUAAUGUAACUCACUGAUUUCUGGGUUAAUAAAUUAAAAUUUUCAGAUCACUCUACAACUGUUCAAUAUCAUCCAUUGCACUCAAAACCUCAAUAUUAAAAGAUAAACCCAAGAAUAAAACUGUAUCUCAAACAGUA